CGGCAAAAUCAAAUCACAACUGCACCGUCACAGAAUUUAUCUUUUUUCUCUCUAGUUCGUAGAACUGCUCUGUCAAAGACCUCCUUUGCAGAGUCGUAGAUCGUAGUAGUUGUAGUCGUAGUUGCGGAGCUCUCCAGAGGAACCUCCAUAGGAGUAGAGGUAACGUAGCUUAGAACUCCUGGUUUGAUUUUCUGGUUAUUCGCCGAACACCCUCGUUCAAACGUAGUUUGGAGAGGUGGUGAACCGAAUAACGGUUGUUUGAUUAGAAGUCAAAGGUGUAUCGAUCAAAUCAACAUCGCCGACAUCGGUGGUGGAUAUUUGACGGUCGUCUUGAUUUUCGUAUAAUCGAUCAAAUCAACGGCGCCGACAUUCGGCGGCGGAUAUUUGACAAUUUUGCUGACUUUGUGUUUUUGUUUCCUUGAAAACAGAGCGCAUUGAACGCGCGAGUUUCGCCAACGAAACAAAUUGGCACACCUGGUGGGACGCGUAUGUUCGAAUGGCUCCGCGACGAAGGAAUCAGGAAGGGGAUGUUCCGCCCAGAUUCGUGGAGGAACAAGUGGCCAACAUUGAAGGAGGCCAAGGAGUCGGUGCUGAAGACAUCGGCGGUUCUGAGAAUCUGCUGUCCACAGCUGGGCCGACCGAGCAUUUGUCAAUCCACCAUUUCAUGGAGGAGAAUCGUCGCAUGUUUGCUAGCCUCAACAAUGAGUUCGCAGGCUCCAAAGGCGAGUUUGCAAACUUCAAGGGCGAGGUAAAUCAACGUUUUGACGCUUUAACUGCACGACAUGAUUCUCUUGAGUCUCGUGUUGAUAGGCGUUUAGGCCAACUCUUUGAAGUUGUGACUAAAAACAGACAUGAUUUUGAUGUUUUUGUGGAUAAAAAUCUACGUUAUAUGAAUGAAAUCAGAGAGCUUUUGGGUAGACCAGUAAUGCAACCUAGGGAUUUGCCGUUAAACGGUGAAAAUAAUCUAAACAGUGAAACUGGUUUUCCAAACAACGGGGCUCGAAACAGUCCGCCAAGACAAGGAGUUCCGCCGAUACCAAUGGUGAACUCACCAACUCCGCGGGUUAAUAUUGGCGAGACCAGCACUGCCGCUAACACUCGGGUUGAACCGCCGUCAUUUCACGGUGGGGGUCCACAAAAUACCCCGGAGGCCAGACCCUAUGUGGCUCCGAUGAGCGGUGGUGUUGGUGGAGGAACGAUCAACAAUGAUCAUGUUCCGCCACGCGGCUACCCGCAAAACGUCCCUUCUCCUCCAAACGGGCUUGGCAUGGAUCCUCGUGGAUUCAUACCACAAGGGGGGCAACUCGGGAGGCAAGACGUUAACGCUAUUCGAGAUCAGGUAGCACAGAUGCUGACGGAUCAGUUUGGUUUAGGGAUUAGACCAGCGAUGCCGCCGGUAUACCGAAAACCAUAUCCGGAUUGGGUUGAUAGAUACUACCCCUUUCCACGUGGUUUUCGCGUACCUGAUUUCAUCACUUUCAGCGGGACUGGGGAUCAGUCCACCGUCGAGCACGUUGGACGAUUCACGGUUCAGUGUGGUGAUGUGAGUGAUUUCUUGAAGUUGCGUUUGUUUGGUAACUCGUUGACCGGUCCCGCCUUCGCGUGGUACGUUAACUUGCCAUCGAACUCGGUUCAAACCUGGCAGCAAAUGGAACAAAUGUUCCAUGCCCAGUUCUACCGUCCUGAGCAAGAAGUAACAAUGGCAAACUUGGCACGAAUGCGCCAACAACUAGGAGAAACGGUGGAACACUUUUUAACUAAUUUUAAGAACGCAAGAAAUCGCUGUUUUGUGAACUUGACAGAACGCGAGUUAGUUAAACUUGCUCAAGGUGAUUUAAAUUUUGAGCUACGUAAGAAAUUUCAAGACAGGGAAUUUUCAGACCUGUUCCAGUUGAUGUCCUAUGCAAUUAGGUACGAGUCUCUUCUCCAUGAAGAAGAACAUAAGAGAAGUGGUUCUCAUGGAAAAUAUUUCCCUAAUUUUGAGAACUAUGGUGUGAAUAACGUCGGCAGUGAUGUUGACGAGGUUGAAGUUGAUUUGGCCAAGAAUGUGCAGGGGAAGCCAUAUGUGUGUGCUUCUCUAGCCAAGGCCGAUGGGGAACCACAAGCUGGAAAACCCAAUCGUGCUCCAAUUCAACCUAGAAAAUAUUCUUUCGAUGUUUCAAAAUCGGAUACAAUUUUCGACCAGCUUUACAGAGAUGGUCAAAUUAAGUUGACUGUAGGGCAAACUAUCCCGCCAGCUGAAAAAUUAAAAGGAAAACGCUACUGUAAGUGGCACAACAAUGUGUCUCACUCAACUAAUAUGUGUGUAGUGUUUCGAAACGUGGUGCAGGAUGCUAUUGAAAAAGGUCAGUUCAAGGUACCGGAGCCGAGGAAGGAGGCCAUGACUAUUGACACUGACCCAUUUCCCAACGGUGUGGGCGUCAAUAUGGUCAACAUUGUGGGGGGCAACAUUGUCGAAGCUCUUUUGUACCACAAAGACCUUGGUUCUCAAAAAAUUAGGAGAAUGGAAGGGGGACCAUGCAACGUUGCAGUUUCAAGCACAAAGGUGUUGGGUAAGGCGUGCUUGAACUCGUUGUCCGAGAUUGUGAGACCAUCAAUGCUUGCAUUAGGUGGUCCACCAAAAUCUGAGUAAGCCACCUCAAGAGAGGGUGACGAAGGCCGAAAUUACGGCCUUGCUGGAGGGGUUGCCGAUCAACGGCGACGAUGCGAGUAACGAGGUGGGAAAGGAAGCAGUGUUGCCGACAUUGUAGAAGAAAUCUACCUUGGUGCGAAGGAGGAUCAACGUUCAACUUUCAUGAAUCUUACAGGUACGAGUUAACUCUGCUUCUGAUUGGCUUCAAAGAUUGUGUUACGUGUGAAUGUCAUGAAAUAUUGCAUGUGCAUGUUGCAGUCUUGCUAGCUAGACAAUUUAUUGAUUUUUAUGUUAGAUUGUCCAAUAAGUGAAGGAUUGAGCUAUAUAGACACUAACGGCGUUGCAACAACAAAAUCACCGCCGUUGGAGUGAAGUUGUGGCUUGUUAUGUUAUAUGGUUUGAGUUUUUGGUCAAAGUUGUUUAAUAUGGUUGGCCAGUGUUUACGAUGUUGACGAGAUAGCCAAAACAUCGACAUAGAGUAAAAUGCUUUACCAUGUAAUUUUCAUUGACAAUGGUCACAUAAGACGAAAGAAGGAUCGGACCAAUUAUGCUUGUUUUUACCUAAGCUAGCAAGCGAAGUUGCUUGUGGCAUGGUUGUUGUAUUCUCCUUUAGCAACAACUUUGUUGUGGCUUGGAGGAAAGAAAAGAGCAUAUUCUCGGCCAAAAAAAUUAAUUAAUUAAUUAAAAAAAAGAGAGUUGGCCGCCGCAUUAUUGCACGAUUUGGCCAUAAGGAAAUUCACAACCGCAAGACUACUUAACAAGGUAGGCUACGUUUGUUGCAUGGUCAUGAAAGUCAAGAGGCGGUGGCAAUCACUGGUUGCCGAGGCUCAAUCCAAGCAAUGUUCUGAAGCAAAUUCUUGGCCUGGGAUUGCAAUGUUGCUCUCGUAUUUAGCAGGUGUUGCUUUGAAGGUUAUUUUAGGUGUUGUGGACUAUGUCAACAAUUUGGUUCAUAAUUCUUAUAAACCAAAUUGUGGGGGCAUUUGUUGACACCUAAAAUUAAUUUGUCCUUAAUUAAGUGUCGUAUUAAUUAGUCUCGGCAUUUAAUUUGAUACUGCGGGUAAAAAAUCGGUGUCGUUUGGAGUUGAGCGGUAUCGUGGAGAGUUAAAACGGUACUGCAAAACAGAAAAAUGGUACCGCAAGGAAGCUCAGCGGUACCGCGGCACUGGAAACGGCACCGCUCACCAAAAAACAAAAGAGGGGCCGCGCGUUUAGUUGAGUGUUGGGGAAGGAUUUUUGUUUGCUCUAAUUAAUUUUUUUUUUAUUCCUUGUUGGAUAGGGAGAAGCAGCACCGCGGAGAGCUAAAACGGUGCCACGGAAUUAAAAACGGUACCGCGAGUAAGCCUAACGGUACCGCGGAUUAGCAAACGACAGUGUUUAAAAUAACAAACAAUGUUGCAAAAGGGAAAAAACAAUCGGAGCUGUUGUGGCGCUAGCGAUGUCGUUGGCCAUAGCUAGUGAUGGCCGGAUUAAUUAAUUAAUAUUUUAAUAACUAUUUAGCACGGUGUUGUUUAGUUGAAAACGAUGCCGCAAGAGGAAAGAAACGACACCGCGGAUUAUAAAACAAUACCGCGAGUAGGUCAAACGAUGCCACAGCAGUUAAAACGACAGUGUUAAAAUUAAAACAAUGUCGCGAAGCUCAAAAACUUAACGACAUCGCGGGACAAGGAAACGAUGUUGUUUAACUAAGAACGACGCCGAGGGGUGAGAGUUUGGCGGCGUGUUAACAAUGAGGGCUGAUUUAAUUAAUUAGUAUUUUAUGAGUAUUUUAGACGGUGUCGUUUAAUGAAAAGCGAUGUCGCGG